UUUUUUAUUGUUGUUCAUAUACUUAUAUAUUGUUAUAUGUUGUCCAUGUUUCUUAUGAGAACACUUAUAAAUUAUAUUUUCUUUAGUCAGUUCUUUAGUGGUAUCUUUGAGUGUUGUGCAUAUUGAAUGCAUAUUAAAGUCUUUAUACUAAUUCUCAUGCUCUUUGGUUUUCAUUCAACAUGUGACAGUAAUUUUUGUGGUGGGACAAUUCAAAGCAGAGCUGUUGACCUCUUUCUACUCCUAAGUACUGCAAGUAGUUGGGUUUUGUAAUGACAUAUGUUUCUCCUCUUCUGGUUCUAAUGAAAUCCACAUCAUUUAAGUCAUGCUAGUUGGAAACAGGGAAUUUUUCAAUUGAAUCUUUGAAAAGAUGUAUAGAGGCCACGUGACCGCACGCUGAAUCUGAUUGGACAGUUUCAUUGUUUUCAGGUUGUACGUUUCUGUAGUCAAUGUUUUAGUUCCUUAGUAAAUAGACACUUUAACAUGCCACGAAUGUGUGCGUUGAAACCAUGCGAAGUACUAAAUGAGUUUCCUAACUUGGUUAGCAUCCAAAUAUUACAUUUUAUCACCGGGUUUACGUGACGGCGAGGAGUCGCCUAGCGAUGACGUCACGACGUAUAACAGCGGUGACGCCUGAUGAUUAUUAAAAAACUGCCAUUAAAAUGAGCUCUGAUUAUUAUUGCGUUCGCUCAUAAAACACCAGCGCAGUACCACCCGCCCUAAUAUUUGAGGCGCAGAUACAUCCGGGAGAGAAUAAUCGUAAUCGGUGUGCCCUCUGUCCGGUCCAGUCAGGGGUUUUUUUCUCCUCUACAUGCGGUGGGUCUAGGUCCGUCUCGCCUACGCUCUUCCUGCAACUGAACCGGCGGAUUCUCGCAAGAGCUGCGAUCUGUCCCUGAACCCCCGCGGCUGGUGUCGAGAAGGGACCCUGCGGAUGUUGAGCUAAAAUCUUGGAAUGGGACAAAUGUUUAGCAUGUAAAUUAAACCUGGAGGUUUUCGGACAGUUCAGUCUCUUUUCACAUUCACAAGCACAAUGUCAAGCAGAAGGAAGUCCACAACCCCCUGCAUGGUGCUUCCAUCAGAUGUCGUAGAGCAGGAUCCAGAUAUGGAGGCCCUGGAAGGGAAUGUAGGAGCCGAGAGUAUGGCAGACGGUCCUACAGAGGGAGCAGUGGUUCCCAUGGAAACAGAGACAGAAUUUGAAGGGUGCCAUUUCUCAAGUGAGGAUGGUCGUUCUUCAGGAAAACGCUCAGGUCCAUUAUCACUAGAGCAUCCCAUCUCUGAUCUGACUGCUGAGGGGGGUUUUAUACAGACAGAGAUGGAAGACAGUGAUGACCCCUCUGUUUCUGGCAUUUCUCUCAGCAAGACUCCCAUAAUGAAAAUGAAAAACAAGCCUGAACCCAAGAGAAUAGCUGUGUCUCUUAAAGGCACAAAUGAAAAUGAGACAGUGGCUGAAAGUGAGAUGGAACUGGAGCCUUUGGAAGCUUCGGUCAUGGGCACGUCCAUGACAGGAGAGCUGCUGAGCCCAUUGCUCACAGAUUCCAUAAAGCCCAGUGUUCUCGUCAACAUUUCAAAUCCUGUGGUUGCAGAUCAGAAGAAGCUGGUGAUGAACCCUGCAACAGUUCUUCCAGCUGGUCUGGCCCAGGUUCUUUCUGCUUUGCAGGCCCAGCAGAGUGCUCAAGCACAACUUCUAAUACCUGUGAGCAGUAUUCCCACCUACAAUGCUGCCAUGGACACCAAUGCAGCCUUGGUCAACACUUACAAGAAGUUCCCAUACCCGUCAGUGUCUGAGAUCAUGGGACUUGCGGCCCAGACCAAGUUCAGUGAGGAGCAGAUCAAGAUCUGGUUUUCUGCUCAGCGGUUGAAGCAUGGUGUUAGCUGGACCCCAGAGGAGGUUGAGGAAGCCAGGAGGAAGCAGUUUAAUGGCACAGUCCACACAGUGCCCCAGACCAUCACGGUUAUCCCAGCCCAUCAUCUCUCAGCCACCAAUGGCCUGCAGUCCAUUCUUCAGACCUGCCAGAUUGUGGGGCAGCCAGGUUUGGUUCUGACCCAGGUUGGCACGACAAACAGCCUCCCAGUUACCACCCCAAUAACACUGACUGUAGCAGGAAUGCCUAAUCAGAGCCAGACGCCCAAGAUUGCAAUCAAUCAGACAAGCCCAGCACUCAGUGAAACUAAGAGAGCGACUACAGUUCAGCCCCCAUCUUUGUCCCUCCAAGAAAACUCUGCUCUCAGUGCUGACCACUUUGGCCUGCGGCCUAAAAAAUCCAAGGAACAGCUGGCCGAAUUGAAAGCAAGCUAUCUGAAGAAUCAGUUUGCAAGUGAUGCUGAGAUAGUUAGACUAAUGAAGUUAACUAACCUCACUAAAGGAGAGAUCAAAAAGUGGUUUAGUGACACCAGAUACAACCAACGCAAUUCUAAGAACAGCCAUGUCUUCAUCUCUAAUGACAAUCCCAGGAGCAAUAGCAGUGCCACCAUUAUAAUCGAUUCCAGUGAUGAAAUGCCUCAGUCUCCAAUGUCAUCUCCCAUUAAAGAGAAGGAGACACGCUCCAAGACCUGGAACCCAUUCCCAGACUUCACGCUGCAGAAGUUUAAAGAAAAGACCCCAGAGCAGUUGGUCGUCUUGGAGGAAAGCUUUCAGAAAUGUGACACACCAACUGACGAAGAGCUCAGUCGACUGAGGGCAGUGACAAAGCUCACCAGACGAGAGAUUGACGCCUGGUUCACUGAAAAGAGAAAAACCCCGGCAGCAGAGUCCUCGGAGUUGAAAGCAGAUGGCGAAACAUCCCAGAAGAAGGGCAGCCAAACACCUCCUGGAGGGAAAAGGCUGAGCAAAGAAAAGCUGAGUAAGAAAACUCCAGAGCAGCUCCACGUUCUAAAGACUGCAUUUGUUCGCACUCAGUGGCCCUCCACGGAAGAAUACGACCAGCUGGCUGAGGAGAGUGGACUGCCUCGCUCCUACAUCGUCAACUGGUUUGGCGACACGCGCUACGCCUGGAAGAACGGCAACCUGAAGUGGUAUUUUUACUAUCAAAGUGGAAACGUGGGAGGAGUGAAUAGCAACAGAAACCGAAAACGAAGGAUUCGCAACCGUGGUUGGGGGAGAACCCGUAGUAGAAAACCGAAGAAGCAUGCAGAAUCGGAGAAGGCAUUACCGAUCAAGUUCAAGUCUGGGAGAGAGAUUCUGAAGGAAUACUACUUGAAGCACAAAUUCCUGAAUGAACAGGACUUGGAUGAACUGGUUGCCAAGUCUAACAUGAGCUACGAGCAGGUGAGAGAGUGGUUUGUGGAGAUUCAUCGGAAGGAGGAAAUGGGAACCAACCCUUUUGAAGAUAAAACCGGAAAUGAAGAACAAGAUGAGGAAGAGGAUGAAUCGCAGUGUGAAAAUGAGACAACUAUUGAGGAGCAAGGACCUUCUGCGAUGGGAGAUGAUGAUGAUGAUGAUGAAGACACAGAUGACAGUGAUACCUGGGAGCCUCCGCAGGGCGUUCGGAAAACGAUGGCCGCGUCUGAGGAUUUGUCUCUUUGAAUUGGGUUCCUUUUUGGGCAGUGGUUAGGAAUGGCCAAAAGUCUUUGCAAAUAAUCAUUGUGACUACAUGCCCUCUUUCACUGCACCCAUUCUGCUUACAUUUUUCAUAGCUUCACUUAAAGUUGGACAAGUUCUUUUCAUCAUAAACUGUCUUUUUGUCAACAUGUUUGGCUUCUCAUAAACUUAAAAAAAAAUACAUGUGAAACAUGAACAGCGUUUCUCUCUGCGGCUCUAAAGUGAAUUGAUAACUCAAGAGCCCUUGAAUCAUCUUGACAUUGUUAUGCGUACAAUUUGAACUGAUUUUGAUGUCUACCAGAAUUUAUCUGCACCUUAAACUUUGCACAUGCAAAGACAUCCUAUUCAAAACCUCUUUGUAGAGUGGAAACUUACUGAUUUCUUUUAAGAGGGAUUUUUCUUUCAUUGGGGAGCUCUUAGUGCCAAAGGUAUUGUAUUGAAUAUGAUGGUUCCCUGCACUAUAGUCCAAAUAGCUAAUUAAAGGAGUAUGCAUGAAUAAGUGGUGUCAUUUAGACAGAAACAGUCAAGAAGCAUUUUUUCGACCUCCGUAACGUGCAGGGUUUAAAAAAAAUUAAAGGCAAAAGAGACUUUAAUUUCCUAGACAUAUUUUAAAUGGCCAUGUUAAGAGCUUAUUUCUGUAAUUAUAAUGUUUUAUGUUUUCCAAAUUUUUUUUAACUGCAUCAAAGAACCACUGAUAACAAUUACUUUGUGGGAACUGGAAAGGUAUAAUUGGACUUUUUAUUAUAAUAAUGCUUGUGCAUGAAUGCAAAGCACUAUAUCUGGUACAAAAAUAUCAUACCCAUCUGUAAGACAUUCAGUCUUCAUUAUAUUUUCAUGUGUCAAACAAUGAGAAUAAUGAUGAAAAAAGGUGUUUUUGAAUUUGUACAUAUACUUUUUCGCUCUACAAGUAGUUUUACAAAAGUGUUUUAUAAGUUUGUAUUUAUGGUGAUGAAUUUCACUUUUACACAAGUGGGUUACUUGUAAUGCGAUCAUUCAGAUAAUUCUUGUGCAUUUUGAGACUGAUAUUUACAGAUUUUUUAAAGCUCUAUGUUGUCUAUUCUUUCUUCUUUCUGGUGAACAUUUAUUUGACUUGCUUGCAACCCUCUGAAUUUAUUCCUUGUGAAUACUGUAGUGUAUUAUAGGCAAGAGGUCAAAGGUACCUCAGUGAACAUGAUUAGUACUGUUUGAACAAAAUAGCACACUCAAACUUAGCAACGUGUCCUCUCCACUGUUAAUGACUGCUCCUUUUGUGUUUUCUAUAGAGUUUGAGAACCUGCUAAUGGGAUCUUGCUUUUGAAUGCGUUUUAGUGCAGAAUUAAGCCCACAGUUGUAUUUUGUGCAUCCUUCAGCUGUCAGUAUAUCGUUAAACUGCAGUGUAUUUCUAAAUGAUUUUGAAACUAGUCUGGCUGUUUCUAGGCUCUGUAAAACAGAAUUUUUUUUAUUUUUUAUUACAUGUACAAAUAAUAGUACAGACCUGGAACCAUUAUGGAUUGUGAUUUGAACUCAUGAAAAGCCUUAAAAUCUGUAGACAUCCUGCUGUGGUGGCAAAAGCUUUAUUUCCCAGAGCCAUAGACUUUGUGCAAUGUGUUUAAUUUAAUUGAACUGUUUUUAAUAGGCUUUUGCUUGUUAGACUAAAUAUAUACUGUAUUUUCUACUUGUUUGAGGACAACACAAUAAAUUUGGAUGGGAAAAAAAAUAGAUGCUGUCUUUCUAU